GGAAAUGGGUCGUGGUGGCCGGGUCAAAUUAUAGGUCAGGAAGAACUGGUAGAGAGUAGCACGGCCUCACUCAGAGAAGGGACUCCAGUUAAGCUCAUAGGAAGAGAAGAUGCAAGUGUGGACUGGUAUAACCUUGAGACAUCUAAACAGGUCAAGGCUUUUCGUUGUGGGGAGUACAAUAAGUGUAUUGAGAAAGCUAAGGCUGUUGCAGCUACUAAUGCCAAAAAGGUAGUUAAACAUACUCGAAGAGAAGAUGCCAUUCUUCGUGCUCUUGAACUUGAAACUGCCUCUCUAACAAAAAAUGAAGAAAAUAUAGGCAAGGAAAGUAAUGGUUCUGAAGGGUGUUCAACUUCAGAUCCAGAACUGUCUGAGCCAAACACUGUUAGUGCUCCUGAAGAACAGCUCAUACAGGGGGGCAGUCAACAAAAUGGAACCUUGUUGAGUGAUUCAGAUGGUGGUGGUGGUGGUGGUGGGAUCGCAGAAGGAGCUAAACGCAUGAGAGGUCUUAAUGACCUGGGGACUGGGGUGGUCCAAUUAUUAAAAAGGAAAAGAUCUCAAGUGGCACAUGUUCGCGAAUUUCUGAAAAAGAAAAGCCGUCGUCGGCGCCGCUUGAUGAAGGUUCUAGAGAGUACAGCCAUGGUGACCAUUCCUGUUGUUUGUGAAGGCGGCGUUCCCAGUCCAAAUGGACCAGAUUGCAAGGUGAUGGAGAAAGCUAGUCCAAGCAUUCCGGAGUUGCCUGAAAAUGGUGGUGUACAGACUAGCUUGUUUGACGUUCCAUUUAUCGCAGGAGAGAAAAAGUCUCCAGGCUUGUCUCCAGUUGUAUCAUUAGCAUCUCAGAAAGCUGAAAUUGGUGUAGGAGAAAAAGGUAGUCAAAGCAGUGAAGUUGAAACAAUAUCAUUAGGGAUCAAUAAUGGUGAGCUCAUCGAGUCGGGAUCUAAGAGUUUGACUAAUUUGGAGGUCAGUGAUGUUAGCGAAGGGAUAGAGAAAGGGACUUCAAAGUGGCAGUCAAAACGAAAGAGAAACUCCAGGCACAUACGGCAAACUAAAAUAUGUGAUUUGGGGAAAAGAACAGGUGUAAAUGGCAAAUCUCUCGCAUGCUCAAAAGCAUUUUAUACCAAUUGCAAGUCAAAAACAGUUGAAGAAUUUCAGAUGGACAAGUUUCAAGGUUGGGGCUGGAACAUCUCACAUGCAAAGGAACCAAAAGCUGAGGUGUCGAAUCCUCACAGAUUACGGCCUUAUCGCCAGUCCCGCUUUACGGUGAACCCUAAGUACGACUCAUCAGAUUUCUCUUUUCUAAACCACAAGACCAAGUUGUCUCCACUGUAUGAUGUCAACCUGGAAGUGAAAUCCAGCUAUGGCCGACCUCAGCAGGUUCCUUAUGUGUCUUUAACAAGCAAAAUAAAUGGCAACCGCCCAAUCACCGGUCACCCGCUCACAGUUGAGGUAUUAGAUGACGGCUCCUGUGCUCAACUACUGCUAAUGAGUGCUUCUGAUUGCUGUGAUGAUUUAGUUGUGAAUUUAUCCAAACGGAACUCUUGUAGUAAGAAAUUGAAGUCAAAGAAUAGUGAUCUACUGUCUUCAAAGAAGAUGAGGAAAUUGUCUUCAUUAACCGGUUCUCGCAAGCAGAGUCCAGACAAGACAAAAGCGAAGCUUGUGGGGCCCGCAGUAGCUUGGGUCCCGCUGAAAGUGGUGUUCAGUAGGAUCAAUGAAGCAUUAACUAGUAUUUCAUCUCAUGGAACCAGCAAUGGUUGACUCUUCUUUUUUAUUUGUUCAAAUGAAGAUUGGUUUCUGCCCUGAAGGUAUAAAUUCUCUGAAAAAUAGUUGGAUAUGGGCACUAUGCAUAACUGUGUAACUUUAUUGCAGAUGUAAAGAAUGAUGCUCUCAGUAGUAGAUAGGAAGUUUCGGGUUUAGUCUCUAUUACUUCCAGACUAGAUGUAUCCAAGUAAAAUAAGGAAAAGAAGAGAGAAAAUGGUGAUCCAACCUUGGCUGGUUAAAUGUAAAGAAUUUUCUGUUACUCUUAACAUUUGGCUGCUAACGAGUUUUGGACAAGGAUAUAUUCCUUCCUGGACUGUGAAACUUCAAAGUUCGUUGUUUUGUUAGGAAUGUAAAGUGCCAUUUUUUUUGUGUAUUUGGCAUUACUGGGUAACUAAGUAUUCAUUGCUCAUACUGUAUCGUCUGUAUGUCUGCAUAAACAUUGUGAUUUUCUGAAUCACCCCUCACCUGGUUGCUUUGGUUUCACAUGUUGAGUGAUGAGUGGCAGACUGGCAGACUCACCACUUUGGCUAGAUUUGAUGUCUUUUAUGAGUUUUAUCAGCUU